AUGGCGACCAACGGACACCCAGCGACACCACCACCUUCAGAUCCAUCCGCGAAACCAGAAGCGCAAUCGAAGUCAGACCCAGAGGUGCCGCUCACAUCAACACAAGACGACGGUACAUCGAAAAGACCUCGCGAUGCGCGCCUCAUGCACAUCGUGCUCUCCUCACUAGGCAUCCAUAGCUACCAAGAACGCGUACCUCUCCAACUCCUCGACUUCGCAUACCGAUACACCAGCGGCGUACUGUCAGAUAGUCUCCGACUCAGCGCCGAGGGAUACUCAAGUCAAAAUCAAGGAAGCACAAAGCGAGGCGGGGGAGGCGAUGAUAGCAAUCUGAUCACUGUGACUGCCCUGCGACAAGCGAUCGCAAGUCGGCAGGGACACACAUUUCAGGGCGCGCUGCCUAAGGAAUUCAUGCUGGAGCAGGCCGCGGAGCGGAAUCGCAUUGCUCUGCCAAAGGUGGAAAGGAGCUACGGCGUGCAAUUGCCGCCGGAGAAAUAUUGCUUGACUGGUGUGGGAUGGGGUUUGAAAGAUGAGUGGGAGAGUGAGGAGGAUGUGCCGAUUGAGGAUACCACCACGCGCCCGGUGUCUGCCUCGCAGCAGGAGGAUGAGACUAUGGGCGGGAUGGACGGCGCGGAUGAAGACGAGGAAGGCGCGGGCCGGAUGGAGGAUGUCUUCGGUGAGAGUGGAGGUGGUGAUACCACCAUGGCAGAUUGA